CCUUUCUUCUUAUAUGUCACAGAUGCUGAGAAUCAAGGGAGACUCUUGCCCAUUCUAAAGGCAUCCCCUUCUCCUCUCCUCCACUGACAGAAUCCGGGGUGGUAUGGCCUGGAGGUGCUCACAACUGCUUUUGGCCCCUGUGUUGCUGGUGUUCCUGGCCUCAGGUGUCUGGGGUGCGGCAGUAUCUGAGGAAGUCCGUAGAGUGGUAGGACAGAACCUAUCGGUGCAGUGCCAGUACAAGCCCGAGGCGGGGCCUUAUGUGCAGAAAACGUGGUGUCAGCAGACAGCUCCAACUAGAUGUAAUCGAGUGGUCACCACCUCUGAGCCUCGGAAGGCAGACAAGGCGUCCCAGAGCACAAUCUGGGAUGAUCCUGAAGCCGGCUUCUUCAGCAUCACCAUGACCCACCUCACGGAGAAGGACUCAGCAUUCUACUGGUGUGGACCAUACAACCCCUCCCGCAACGAGAUGAACGUUCUCCGAAACAUCAGCCUGGUGGUGUCUCCAGCAUCAACUCCUCCACAGAUGACAACUUGGUUCCCAACAAGCACAGCAUCAACUCCUCCACAGAUGACUACUUGGUUCCCAACAAGCACAGUUCUGACAGCUCUUCCAGAGGAGACCACUGGCUCGUCCAUCAAUGGCUCUGAGUACAGAAACCAAAGUUCUCCUUCCUCUCCUUGCUGGACCUCCACGAGCCUUCUGCUCUCCGUUCAGUGUGGACUCCUCCUGCUCAAGGGCCUGCUGCUGUCAGUUUUCUGUGUGGUUAUUUGCCGAAGGCGCUGCCAGGGACAGGAAUAUAGGGCAGAGGCAGUGAAGAUGGAGGUUUCAGAAUAUGCCAGCUUCAGUGCUGUCCGGAAGUCCUCAGGGUAUGGGAAGAACGACUAUACCCAGUGACCACAGCCGCCCCAACCACUGCAAGCUGCAACUCUACUGAAGCCGUGGGACAGGCCGACAGGAGACAACCGUCAGGCCCUCCCUCAAAUCAGCAGUGCUGUCACCCCUAAGAGCCACUCCCUCCCACAACCCAGACCUCCUCCAGGGUGACCUCCCACGGGAAGUCAAUCUGCAAGUCAGACUCUCUCAGCGCCCCAACACCCAGCUCCAGUACCUCCCCCCAGAGCACCACCCCUAUGCCUCCUGCCCCAGGAUGGUCUCAUUCUCUGUCCUGUCUCUGCUGGCAUCACGCGCCUCACUCGCUCUCUUGUUCAAUCGCGCCCUUCCCAGAAACUCCCCCAGACCAAGACUCGUUGCAAAAGCAAGAGGUUUAUUAACCAUUGUACAACGGGGUCACCCUUGCUGGUCAGCAAAGAGUGCCACCACACCAGGAGACAAAGGCCUUUAGGUUUUUAAAAGAAAAAGUGCGGGAAAUUUGAAGUUGCAGUUUUGGCAAUUUAGGAUUGGAUGAAGAAGUUAUAAAGUAAGAUAAUUGGUUAGUCUUAGGUGCUCAAGCUUGGCCAGUCCUGCCAAGUGUGGAUGCAGCUGCAAUUUAAGGUAGGGGUGGUUAGCUCAUCCUUGAAGAUUAGGGGCUACAGACUUUUGGCUGGAGGUCAAAAGCUACUCAGAAGAAGUCUAGGUUUGUUGCUAAGAAAUGCUAUCUCAAGGACAAGGGUCUGGUCCUUCUUUUGCUGAGUGAAGGUCAUUGCUUGCUUGCCCUUUUUUUAUAUCUGUCCUCACGGAUAGGGUCACAUUUCUUCACUCUCUGGAAAGGUACUAAGAGGCUUUAGCUUAACCUGGACCUAAAACUCAAAACUAUAGGCUUUAGAAGACAUAUAGGUUACAAAGUUAGACUAACCCUUUCACUGUCACCCCUAAGAGCCACUCCCUCCCAUAACCCAGACCUCCUCCAGGGUGACCUCCCACAGGAAGUCAAUCUGCAAGUCAGACUCUCUCAGCGCCCCAACACCCAGCUCCAGUACCUCCCCCCAGAGCACCACCCCUGUGCCUCCUGCCCCAGGAUGGUCUCAUUCUCUGUCCUGUCUCCGCUGGCAUCAUGCGCCUCACCCGCUCUCUUUCCCUAGUGCAGUGCUCACAGUCACGCACGCACAGUCGCCACUCAAGCCCUAAGUUCAGACUCUUGGAUUGCAUCAGAGCAGAGCAAGGUGAUGCCGUGGCCCCUGGCCUUCCUCUACUCUAGAUUUAGAAUUCUUAAUACGAGGGGGAAAUGACUUCAAUGAAAAGAUGGGGAACCAAGAAAGGCUGUGAUCUGAAGACAACAAACAGAGGAAGUCAAGAAAAAAAAAAAGGGUCUUUAAUGGGACAGAAAAAUUUCCCAAGCAGAGCACUGCUCACCCAGCCACACCUCAGAGCUGACCAUCUGGGGCCAGUAUUGUGUUGGUCUAUCGAGUGAAGCAAUUUCAUCUUCACAGAGGAAGUCUGGUUGUUCAAACAGGAUUGUUGACUGGUGGGAGCAGGGGAGGGGGCAGGGUCCUUUAGGAAACAAAAAGCAUGUGACAUUCAUAAAAUAAGAAGAGGCCAGAGUGAGGUUUGG